GAGGAACUUGCGCGCAGUAUCAAAAAUUCAAGAUGGCGUUUUUCUGUCCAAAGUAUGCUGACGGGCACGGAAUAUAAUAAUUAAUUUUAAUGGUACCUAAAACAGUGUCCAUACAAAAAUAAAGAAUUAUUUGCAGUGUUUAUGUCUGAACAAGUAAAACUUUACGAUGUGGCACGAAGCAAGGAAACAAGAGCGGAUGAUCCGCGGCAUGAUUGUUGAUUAUCGUCGCAGGGCGGAGCGCCGCAAGGAUUUCUAUGAAAAGAUUAAAGCAGAACCUACACAGUUUUUACAACUUCAUGGCCGACCAUGCAAGGUUCAUCUGGAUCCUGCUAUUGCUGCAGCAGGAGAAGGCCCAGCUAUCAUGAUGCCUUGGCAAGGAGAUACCAGCAAUAUGAUUGAUCGUUUUGAUGUCCGAGCACACUUGGAUUAUAUUCCUGAAGUGAGAAACCCAGAUAUACCACCAGAUGAGCUCAGUCCUGAAGAAAGACAGUGCAACUAUGAGCGAUACAGGAUCCUGGCACAGAAUGUCUUUCUAGGAAUAAGUGAAGAUAAAUUCCUUCAACAACUGGCCAUAGAAGAGCAAUUUGGUGUGACAGUAGAAGAAAAAGAGAUGCAGAAAGAGAAACUUCACGAAAGAAAAGGGAUGGGUGCUGCUAUAGGAUACAAUUAUAAUGAUCCAGGAGCACAACCCUCCGGUUCAAACGGCCCCGAUAUUAAAAAGGCGGAACAGAAAGAUUCCGAUGAUGAUUCCGAUCUUGAGAUUAUUGAUGUGGAUCUCAGCAUUGAUGUCAAUAAGAUGGAGGCUUCACAGGCACACGAGUUGAACGGGGUGGGACCUCAGUUUGGAAUGGCGGGAUGUGAUCUAUUCUCGUUCCUGACUGGCGACGCAGACGACGCUGAACAUCAGAAACAACUAUUGCGAGAGGAAAAGGAAAAGGCUAUGUUCUCAGGGAGAAAAAGCCGGCGAGAAAGGCGAGCACAUCGUUUUCUUAACAGUGAUAAGAAGCUGGCAACCCGCGUGGUUAGUCCGCCCAGCUACGCUGCUCCGUCGUCGGUGCCGACCAGGUCGCCAAGUCAAUCUCCCAGUAGAAGCCCUUCUCCAGAUACCGGAGAAAAUAUAGAAUUUAUAACUUCCUUCGGGGGUGAAGAGGAAGAAAAACCACCCACGGCAGCCAAGCCCCUGUAUGCAGACAAAGUUAAGCAGAAUUUAAAGAUGUUAUAUGCAGACGUAGCUCGAAAACCUCGUGGCAGGUCGUCACCAUUCCACAAUAGGCGUUCUCGGCAAAUUGGUCCUAGAGGACCCAACUCAAGAUCAAGAUCAUUCUCACGAUCUAGGUCCAGGUCACGGUCAAGGUCGCGUUCCCCUUCGUGGAGGAAAUCACGUUCAAAGACGCGCUCAUCCAGAUCGCGGUCUGCCUCCUCGCGAUCCCGCUCGAGGUCAUACAGCCCAUACAGAAAAACUUCCACGAGGUCGACGUCAAGGUCACGUAAUCUUAGAAACAGAUACUCUCGCAGCCCUGCAAAUCAUGCUAGUGCCUAUGCCAAGCAUAAUAACUCCAGAUCGAUGUCAUUUGAAAGUAGUGAUAAGGCUGCGCAAAGCAAGGCGUCUGUCCCGCGGUACUACGGACGCCGCAAAGAGGACCAGUCGUCAAGCGAGCUUUCGGUAGACUCUGACUCCAGCGAAACAGACGAUUCGAAAAACAAAAUGGCGGUGGGCAAUAAAUCCAAUACAAACCAGAAUCAGUUACGAUUGUCUGGAUCCAGCUCCAAAGGUCCGUCGCGUGAAACGUUGUCGCUCAAAGAAAAACUCAAGAGGAAAAUGCAGGCUCAAUUAUCAAGGCAGCUUCGGGCUGACAAGCGCGCGGAGGCAGAGCGUCUCGAGCGCGAGAGCCGGCGCCAGGCGCGGCGCGACGAGGAAAUGAGGGAGUUGGCUAUCAAACUAAGGCGCAAGCAGCGUGAAAUGCGGCAUCAACAAAACCGAAGAUCCAGUGAAGAGGAUUCGGAUAGGAGCCGUAGUCGUUCGUCUUCAAGAGAUUCCCUGUCAAAUGACAAAAACAGGGAGGGGAACAGUAAAUCCCGAAGCGUGUCACCACGCAUACCAGUGUGGGAGGCGGACAGAGAGGCCGCGUCUACUUCACAGCGACCCAGGGCGGACUACGGUGAAAUGGCAUACUCUGAACCUAGAAGACGGUACGUAGAGCCGGACUUCAAAGAGGAUCGCAGAAAUGAUGAUGACAGAUACCCAAGACACGAUAAGUACCCACCGCGUGAAAGCCAAGGCCAACGAUACGACUUCAACCGUUAUGAACCACCCAGUUACGAGAAUAAGUGGAAGGAAGAGAACUUCCCUCCUGGUCGCAGGAGGCCCUACGGCCACCGAGGCGGGUACAAGGGCCACGGCUACAGGCACGACGAACACAGCCAGCCCAGCCCAUCGCAAGACUACGACAAAGACGCCGCCGACGCCUACGCCAGGAGCAAAGUCAAACUCGUAGACUAUUAGAUAGAAGUAUUUGAAAUAUGUAUAUUAAUGCCAAAAUAGGUAAAAUGUAGAUAUUCAAUGUUAUACAUAUAUAUGUAGUAUGUUUUAUGCAGACGUUUACUUUGAACACAUAUCUUAGAAUUUAAGUUCGUAAGAUAUAACAUUUAGUUGAAGAGUUUGUCCAAAACGUUUAGUCUUAUUGAUGGCAAUUAUUUGCAAUAAGUAUACAUUUUUGUAGUGGUUAUUUAUUACCUGUAUUUAGUUUAGUUUGGUCUAUUAGGUUCUUUAUGAAGUUCAAUCAAAUGUGCACUAUUUCUGUACGCCUCCUUAUUCAUUGUUGCAUAUUUUUUGUAACUAUCCAUUUUGUGUAGCAGCUCUUUAUUUGUACAAAAUAAUAUUAAAUUGAAUAAAAUGAUGUACUUCCAA